AUGAGUUCCUUAUGUGCACCGAUAUUAACAAUUGAGAGUGUUACCGAACCUGUUGGAGAUGGUUGUAAAGUUAGUUGCUAUCAGAAGGAUGCAAAUAACUCAUUGAAAUUAUAUCAACAAACUUCAAUUUUUGAAGAAAGAGGACAUAAUGUGCGUGGAUUAACCUAUCUCAACAAAUAUGAUAUUUUGCUAGCAUAUGGUGAAAGAUUAAUGGCUGUUGUUUGUAAAUUUUUCACUGAUCCGCAGAAAAAAGUAUACAGUUGUCAAGAUUGGAUCCAAGCUUUACUUGUUUUUAGCGAAAGCAGUGAAAUGGAGCGUUUUGUGGAGUUUGUUACGCUAUCUAUCAAUAAUGAAGUGCAGCUUUUCCAAUUGAAUAUUAUGGAGGAAAAUUCAGUUAUGGAUGUAAAACAAGUAGCGAGCGUCAAAUCAAAUUACAGAUCAACUAUAAUGUAUUCAGUUUUGGACGGUUCAAGUUGGAAUACUCUUCGUUCAAUUGUGGGCACAGUAAUGGGUAAUAUAAUCAUUUCAUAUCCUUCACAAUCCUCUUCUCCUAUCCAUGUGCUGAAGUAUCAUUCGGGUAUGAUUUUUGGUUUACUUGUCAAGGGGGAACUUUUGCUUUCAAUAUCUGAUGACAGGAGUUUACAUUUGUGGGAUUUGAAAAAUGCUAAGCAUAUAGAUAAGCGUUUUGGGCAUCCUACAAGACCUUUUACUAUUUGUGAUGGGCCAAGAAAUUUGAUUUUCACUGGAGGCCAAGAUGGGAGUAUUUGCUUUUGGAAACUUGACGAAUCAUCUGCUUCACUUUUAGAAGUUAUACAUACAGAAUAUGGUGUUAUACGUUCCCUCUUGUUUACAUCUCAAGAAUUAGUUUUUGGUACUAAUUGCGGGUUCUUAGGAUCGAUAACUUUUUCAGGUGGAGUGGAAAAAAACCAAACUGUGGAUGUUAUCCAUUCCGACUUUUCAGUUCAGUCGUUCAUUCCGUUAUGUGACAAAUCUUAUUUUAUUUCGGAUUCUGAAGGAAUAUUAUAUAGAUUAGCUAACAUUUCUCAAGAUGAAAUUAUGAAGUGUGGUUCUAUUCGGUUUAUGAAAAUGUCGCCGUGUAAGAAAUAUGUAUCUUUUCCUGAGGAUAAUAAACUUCAUAUGGUACGAGUUUACGACAAUCGUUGUUUUUGUUUCUGUGCCUCUGAUCAAAUAUUGGAUUUAUUCUGGAUCGAAACUUAUGUGCUUCUCGUCUUGAUGAAUAACAAAAAUAUACUAGUUCACUUGUCAGAAGAUAUGUCUGAUUGGAUGAGUUAUAACUUCCAGAUUCAUUUGCAAGAAAUUAUUUCGUGUGUUACUUAUCUUGCUGAUUGUCUUUUUCUCGGUACCAGAAAAGGUUCGAUUGUUGUUCUAGAGAACUUCAAAAUAACACAAGCAGACAGUGGCGCUAAAAUAAAGCAAAUUAUAAAACGUGCUCACGGUAAGGAUCGGGUUAUGGAUAUAAUAUCAUAUAACACGAGAUUAUUAUCUGUUGGACGUGAUGGGAAACUUUGCAUUUGGAAAAGAGGGAAUCAAUUGAGAUUAUUAUCUUCUCUAAGAUCGUCUACUUGGCUUCAAAUGGAAUGGCCUUGCAUGUUUUUAAAGGCAUGGGGUCAAUUAUACAUAGCAGGAUUUCGCGGGACUAACUUCGUAGUGCUGCAUUUUGAUAGUGGACAUUGUGUUUGUGACUUGUGGUGUGGUGGAGGUCAUCGUCCUUGGUGGUUAUCGGUGUUACACAAGACUGAGAAAUAUGAAGCAUCAAAAUUGAUGUGCUUUGAAUUUGUUAUGAAAGCAAAAAUUUCAAAAGUCGUAUUUUCUAUAAAUGACUUAAAAGUUAUCAAGCCCAACCUUCACUUAUCUGAUAUAACAUCCAUUGCAACCAUAGAGAUGAAUAAAUCAUUGUUGUAUGUUACCAGUGGAAUCGAUACUACGCUUGUUUUGUUUCGACUUUUAUCUUCAGAAACUGUUGAAGUGUUGCAGCGACUAUAUACGCAUUCUUCUUCAAUUUUUUGUAUUGCAGUAAUGGAUCUGUACCUCAUUUCUGCUGGUGGAAAAUCAGAAAUUUUUAUUUUUAUUCUAGACGGAGAGAACUUACAGCAGUUAUUGAAAAUGCGUUUGGAUGUGGACUGUAGAUUAUUGAGUAUUUGCUUCAUUACAGUCAGCCCUUACAUUCGCUUUUUGGUUUCGGGAUCGGAUGGAAGAUUACUCAUUUAUGAGUUAAGCAAAACAUUAGAUGUACAAAAAUUCAUUGUUUUGCUGGGCACAACGGAUGAUGUUGGAAUUAUGACUAAAGUUUCUUGUGCUUCUUUAAGCGAUAGUAUUAUAUGCAGUGCCAUCUCUUCUACAGGAAAGCUGCUUAUUUGGAAUUUUUCUGAAUUAUUAGAAGAAAAAUGCACGAAAACAUUUGACGUGGAACAAUGCGGACUGAGUGCACUGGAUAUGUACACAGAAGAUGGGAUCUUGUACGUUGCUGUGGGUUCUGAAUCUGGCCGAAUCUUUUUUUACGAAGCAAGAAAAAAUCUGAUGUCUACAAAAUGUAUGAAUCAUUGGCAUAGUGCCACUUGUACUGCCUUUGUUCUUCUCGAUGAUUUUUUAGCUGAUUUACUUCCGAAUGAAAUUAUUGUAGAUUUGCGCAUUCAUCGAACGUUAGAAACGUACUUGCUGAUUUCCAUAGCAUUGGAUUGCCGAUUAGCAAUGUUUUGUUACUCAUCUACUGAGCAACAGCUGACCUUUCAACAUUCCGUGCUACUGAAUAUUUACGAUCCAUCGUCGUUAAUCGUCUCGGUUACUCAUAACAAUAUGGCAAAAUGUACAAUAGUCGGCACAUCAGUUUGCAUUGUAUACUUUAACAAUUCGUUUCCAUACUUUUUUAUCAUCAAUCGGAAAUAG